AUGCUCUACGCGCAUGCAACCCUUAUCACCGUCAAUCCGGCGCGUGAGGUUAUCCUUGACGGGGCAAUCCUCGUGCGGGGCGAUACUAUCGCCGAAAUAGACAAGUCGGAUGUGCUGAUUAGCAAGUACCCUGGCGAGGACCGGACGGAUUUGACUGGCCGGAUCGUCGUUCCGGGCUUGAUUAACACUCACAUGCACACCGCCCAAACUCUUCUUAGAGGAGCUGCCGACGACCUUGAGCUUGUAUCGUGGCUCUGCGAGCGCAUUUGGGUCUUGCAGGGAAACUUCACCGCCGACGAUGGCUACGCCGCCGCCCGCCUCAGUAUCGCCGAGAUGCUGAAGUCGGGUACUACCUGUUUCCUGGAAAGCAUGUUCGCCGACCGCUACGGCUUCGACGGCCUGUGUCGCGCUGUCGAGGAGAGCGGCAUCCGAGGCUGCCUGGGCAAGAUCGUCAUGGACGUUGGUACCUACGCCGCUGAUCCUAAGUGGGCCAUGCAUCCAGGCCUGAUCGAGAACCGUGAGACGAGCUUGCUGGGCACGAUGAAGAUGUGGGAGAAGUGGGACGGCAAGGCGAACGGCAGGAUCAAAGUCUGGUUCGGAGCAAGGACGCCGGGAGGCGUCAGCGACGACCUCUACCGCGAAAUGGCCGCCCUCUCGCAGCGCCACGCCAUCCCCAUCACCAUGCACUGCGCCGAAGUCGCCGCCGACCGCGCCUUCUUCGCCUCGCGCACGCCCGCCCACACGCCAACCUCCUACUGUGACUCCGUCUCUCUGCUCUCGCCCCGCACCGUCCUCGUGCACAUGGUGCACCUCGACGACAGCGACGUCGCCGCCGUCGCCGCGUCGGGCACGCACGUCGCCCACUGCCCGUCGUCCAACGCGAAGCUCGCGUCGGGCCUCUGCCGCGUGCCCGACCUGCUCGCCGCCGGCGCCAACGUCGGCCUCGGCACCGACGGCGCUCCCUGCAACAACACGUGCGACCUGCUGCAGGAGAUGCGCCUCGCUGCCAUUCUGCACAAACCCGAGUCGGCGCACCACGCCGCCGACCCGACGCUCGUGCCGGCCGAGACGGUGCUCGAGAUGGCGACGAUCAACGGCGCGAGGGCGUUGGGGCUGGAGAACGUGAUUGGCAGCUUGGAGGUUGGGAAGAAGGCGGAUUUUGUGGCGUUGGAUACGAGGAGGGUGGAGUUGCAGCCGUGGUUUAGUGCGGUGAGUGCGGUGGUGUAUACGUGCACGGGGAGGGAUGUGGAGUUGGUGGUUGUGGAUGGGAAGGAGGUUGUGAGGGGAGGUGUGUUGGUGGGGAUGGAUGAGGAGAGUAUCUGGCGCGAGGCGAGGAAGAGGGGCGAGGAGGUUGUGGAGAGGGCGGGGUUGGCGGGGAAAGUGGGUGGAAGGUGGCCGACGAGGUGA